AACCAAAACAUUACCCAAAAAACAAACUCGAAUCCCCCCAAAAAAAAAAUCAGCUGAGAACCCCUGAACGUAUCUAGCCUAUCGCGCCGACGACACUCUUGAUGCUCCAGUGGUGUGUGCGCCCAGUGUUGAGGAGGGGGAUUCGUAGUAUUUGCGCCUCUGCCUUUUCCAAUCACCAAAUUAUCGCGCAGAACCCCAAAAAAAAAACAAGUUCCCUCGAAAAAUCAUCGAAGCCGAUGUAAAAAAAACAGUUCACCCCGUGCUAACUGAAAUCAAUUAUCUCCGACCAGUGACUAAAUUCCCGUCAACUCCGAUAAAUCGUCAUGUUGGUGUGGGGGGUCGUGCCCCAGUGACAAAAAAUAACCCCAAACUUUCCUCAGAGAAACCCCCCCAGUCCUCGGCUGGAGGAACAAGUGAAAUAAACAAAAAAUGACGGAAAUAGUGAGUGAAACAAGAGUUUGAGGAUUGUUGUCACCAAGUGCACCCCAGGCCCCCAAACGUUGGGGUCCCUGAUCACCCCAGUCAGCGUCCGCCGGUGUUGGCGUUAUCCCAAAAUAAAGUAUCCCCAUCUCUGAGGUGAUAAGUGUGAAAAACGGAUUCAAAUCAGUGAAAAAAAUCAUAAAAAUCACACCUAAAUGAGUGAAUCCAAUCCAGUGUGGAGUCCUCAGUGCUGAGUUUCCCCAUUUUCUCCGUUACAUGUAUGUGUGUGUGUGUGCCACGGACGAAGCAAAGAGGCGGCAGGAAAAAUGGCGUCCGAUAACGAAGCCUCCUGCGUUAGUGACCCAAAUUUUGCUGUGAUCUGUUCGUUUUUGGAGUAUUUCGGUAAAUCCUGUGGCGUUAGUUAUCCAGACAUUGGAAAACUUCAGUCUAUGCUUGAGGAUAGUCACGAUGUGCCCCAACCACUGAUAGAUCUCCACAUAAAACUUCUACGUAAAACACGAAAGAGUGUAUCUGCUGAAAAAUGGGAGAAAGCUCUUGUUAAAUUUUGUCAUACGUACUCCAAUCAGGAUGGCUGGGAGGUGGAGAGAUUUGGAUACAAAAAAGUCCGUACUGCUGUUAAAGUUCGGUUACUGAAGGUGCUUUUGGAGUCACAAUUUGACUUGAAUCAAAAAUUCAAAAACGAAGUGAACAAAUUAUCAUCAAAUGAGCUGCGACUGGAGCCACUUGGACGUGACAAGACUGGUCAAUCUUACUGGUUUCAGUUGGAUGAGGAGUGUAAUAUGAGAGUUUAUCGGGAGGAUCUGGAUGAGGAGAGUUGGGAGUUAGUUGCCAAGGAUCGCGAAGGCGUCGUGAAUCUCAUCACCGUCCUGUCAGACGGUGAGGCUGCUCCUAUUCCUAUUAACGAGGACAGCAACAGUCUGGAGAUCUCCGAAAAGCCCAUUACCGAUACAGGCCAAGUCACCUCUUCCCCGUCCCUGGACUCUGAUCCUCCCGAAAAUGGUGAUGCAUCUCCACCGACUCCCUUGAACCCACCAAAGCCUCCAGAGCCAAUAAAGAAUCCCCAGCCCCAGGAUUCAGACUCCUCGGAGGCCUCAGAGCUCACCCACGACUCCUCCAACCCCAGCCAAGACGACUCCUCUCAGGAUUCUGAGGCACCCCUUCCCCUUCCUCAUCCUUCCAAAAAGCCUCUACUCCCUUCUCCCCACAUUCAGAAGCCCAAAACGUCCCCCUUGAAACCCUUACCGAUAUCGAAGCCCCCCGAACCAGCAAAACCAGUUCUGAAGGCAAUUGAAACUCCAGUCAUAACAACUUCUCCUCCUAAACCUCCUCAGAGGCAUCUCCCGACGCCAUUCCCAUCAUCAGAACCCUUAAAACCCCAGAAAUCUGUGGACAAACUGGCGUCUACUCUCUCUCGUCUGCAAUCUGAAAAACCAGGAGUCUCCAAGCUCGAAAAAAUUGCUGAAAAUCUGGCGAGAACGUCAAGCAUAUCAAUGAUCAAUGGAGAGGACGACAAACAGCCACAGGACUUUACCACAACCAGGGGAAUGGACCUGACAGCUCCCAGAGGAUUUGACACAUCAAAGGACGCCGAUCGUCCAGUGGACUUUUCGGGAAUGGACCUGAGUAAAUCAUCAUUCAGAAAUGAUAUUCAAGCACGUGAAAUCGACCUCUCCACGAGAAAGCCGAAGCAGGACCCUAUACCGUACGAUAGACCCAUUCAUCGGAACACAAUGGACCUGAGUAAAAGACAGUUAUUCAGCUACGACGUAUAUCAUCAAAGGCAAAAGGACGAUCACAGACUGCCAAAUUACUCAAUUCUCCCAGAUCCCAGCAAACUAUCCAUGCGAAUGAAGAGGAGCCACGAGGAUGAACCAGAUAUAUCAAAACGUAUGCGAACUGAUGGAAUACCAAUGAGAAAAAGGCGAGAUGAUCCUGGUCCUGCUAUUGAAGAGCCCGUUAUGAUGAUCCAGGGUGAGGGCUCAGGAUCUGAUUGUGAUGUUGCAAAUCCUCAUUCAGAAGCAACUAAUGAGCCUGAGGUUGGCGAAGCUAUAGAAGACACAUUCUUCUUUCAGGGUGAGGGUAAUGGUGCUGACUGUGACACUGGUAAUCCUGGUGAUGAGACAUCCAGUGACAAUAAAGAGAGCAAAGAAUCAAAAGACAAUAGUGGAGAUGUCAGGAAAGACGUGGGUGUAAAAUCCCUGGUUAAUGAUUGUGAAGAGGAGAAGAGCAAUUGUCAGGGAUCCUCUGAAUCUCCCAAAAGUAAAUUCAAACCAACCCUUGGGGUGCAGGUGUUCACCAAAUCGCCUGGGAGCAGCUCGAAGAGACUCUCCAGAUGGGAUGUGAGAGAAACCGAGGAAAAGAGAGAGUGUGACAGCAGUAUAAUUGGCGAUGACGCAUCGAUAUUUUCUGGGAAUGAUAUCGAUAAUAAAUCCAUGGUUGAGACGAUAUCAAGCACAACAAAUCAGAAUUCAGUGACAUCAUCGAGGUGUUUUGAAGUUUCAUCAGCUAGUACUGGUGUUGAUGAGGCUGAUGAAGCUCCGAGAUUUUUUUUUGGACCGAAUUGUGUGUCGUACACGUCAGAAGCAGCGGAAAAAUGUCCAGAGGGUGAUGGUGGUGGAAGGCAAAGCUCGGAAGAUGUUUCUGAUGUCCCUCAAUCUUCGACAGCAUCAGAAAAUCCACCGGAGUCAUCGCAAUCUGAUGAAUGCAAAGACCUUGUAACGAAUUCGUCGGAAUCUAGGUUGGAAUCCACAGACGCUGAAUCUUCUGAAGUUGUUUCUACAGUUCCUGACGAUGGAAAAACCUCUGAAGUAAUGGAUGAACCCGAAACAUCAGCGACUGCUCAUGAUUUAGGGGGUGUGGAUGAGGGAAUUGACUCGACUGGAGGAGAAUCCAUGAUUCCGGAGCCCUCUGAGCCAUCACAGUCUGAUAAAUCUCCUGUUGACGUUGCACCAGCUCCCAUAGUCGAUGGUAAUGCUCUCAAAUCACCUGAGAGAAUUAAUAUCGCUCAGGAGGAGAGUUCUGAGGGGAAAAAUGCCGAUGCUGAUGAUAAUAGGAGUAUCUCCAUGGAUCAGGACUCCAAUGAGGCAAUGGUGAUCGAUGACAUGGGUUCUGACUCCAAUGAAUCUAAUAGAGAGGUUGAAAAGUUUGAGAUACCUUUUCCGGCACCUCCGGAGUUUCCGGGACAUCCGGAUUUUACAGAGCGUAUAUCUGCUCGCCUGUCUCCGAUCACUAAAGAGGAGGAGCGGGAGCUCGAGGAGGCCCUGAAGAGCAUCGAUGCUGAACCCAAGAUCCAGGCUCAUGCGAACGCCGAUAAUGCUGAUGUUGAAAUUGAAGGGGCUGGGGAUGUUCAUGGCAAUGAGGGAGUCGUUGCCGAAUUAUCGUCUGAAAGAGAAGAAGGUCAAGAUGAGGUUGAAAAAUCGGAAGAAAUUUCACAGGAAACUCGGGAAAAUCCGAAAACUGUUGAGGAAAUUCCAACAAAAGAAGAAGACGUGGAGUCUCCAGUUGGAACAUCUGACGAGGUUCCAGCGAAAAAUGAAGAGAAUCCGGAAAUUCAUGAGGAAAGAACAAAAAAUGAUGAAGUCUCCGUGAAUAAUGAAGAAAAUCGAGAAGUUGUUGAUGAAAUUCCAACUCAAAGUGAAAAUAUUCAACCUGAAUUUAAUAAAUUCGAACCAAUUGCAACGGAAAGUGAAGCAAGUCCAGAAAUUCUUCAGGAAAUUCCAUCGACAAGUGAAUGUAUAAGCUCAGAAGUAGAAAAUCCUUCUCUGAAAGUAUCAUCCGAAAAUGAAGAAAAUUCACAAAUUUCUGCGGAAAUCUCAUCGAAUAGUGAAAAUAUCGACGCUGAGUGCGAAAAAACUGGAGAAAUUUCCCCACAAACUGAAGAAGUUCCACCAAGAACCGAAGAUGUCGUUUGUCAGUCCGAAAAAUGCGUCGAAACUCUCCCAGAAAAUCUCCAAGAAUUUCAGGAAAAUCCUCCGGAUCAGCCUUCCCCGCCCCUAGAGGACGAAAUCCCAGAGGAAAAGUCUUCAGAAGACGUGUCCUCAACAUCUGAUCAACCUCCCACACCAAAACCUGAUGAAAACCUUCCCGAAAUGGUCCCAACACCUCCGGAGGUCCCGGUCGAAUCUCCAACCUCAAUCAUAUCGCCUGAGACCCCAAGAAGUCUACAGGUAUCUCCCUCAGAAGAGAUUUCAGUGGAGUCCCUGCCUCCUCCAGACGACGUUCACUCAAAACCAAAGCCCUCAUUAGCCUCGCAAACAUCACUGGUGGCUAAUUAUGGAAGUGAUGACUCAAAUUUACUGGGAAGUGAUGAUGUCUUCGAGGCAGAGCUGACUCCAGGACCCGAGGAAGCUGAAUCCAUCGCAGAGGAUCCGGAAAAGACUAAUGAGGGACCUGAUUCGAUGUCUCUAAACGUCCAAUCUGCACCUCAAACUCUAGAAGAAGUUCCUGCGGAAGUUGGACCCAUCUCUGAGGCUCCAAAGACACCCAGUCAGGUGGAAUCCCUCUCUGAAGCUUCUGGAGAUGCCCCACAAGAGAAGAAAUCCUCUCCCGAGGGUCUAGAAGGACCUUCAGAGGUGGAGCCAAUGUCAAAAGCCGCAGAAGUGCUCCCAGAAGAGGUUGAAUGCACUCCUAAGCCACCAGAGGAUUCUUCGAAGCAUCAGACACACGUUGAAACUCUGCCUGAAGCCCCCCACCAGAAAGAACUACCAGAGUCUUCAGAAAUUACCGAGGUAUCUUCACCUGUCCAUCUCGCACCACAAAAAGAAACUGAACUUCGUGAGGACGACCAUGAUGAUGAUAAGCCUGAAGUCUCUCCACAAUCCGAAGCAGCUGAUGAUGUUUUCGACAAACCUUUCGACUCCCCAGACAUGUUCGACUCUUCAAAACCCGAGACUCCAAUUGAAAUUGAUAACCAAGACAUCGAGAAGAUCGCAGCAACAUUAAAUCAGGACGACGGAGAUGAUGAUGAGCCACCAGAGCUUCACACGGAGAUAAGAGAACCAGUACCUCCCUGUGGGGAGCCCGAAAUCCUUCAAGAAGUAACAGAUAGUUCAUGUUCUCAACCUCCAGAAGAAAAUUUCCCAAAAAAUCCUCCGGUUCUCGAAGAAAUCCAACCUAAAGACUCUCCAAAGCCCCAGGAUCCUGUAGAUAAUACUGUGGACUCCUCACUUCCUGAACACGUCGAAGCGAAAAAGUUAGAACCCCCUGUAACCCCAAAAAAUCCUGACGAACCAAUAGAAACGUCAAAACCCGAAAAAGCACAAAUUGAAAAAAUCGAAGCAUCAUCACCACCAGCCACUGGCCUCAAGGAGAAAACCCCUGAGCUCCAGACAAUGUCGAUAAACGACUAUCAGAAAAAGGAUCGAGAAUCUGAUGAAGAUAACUCCCCAAUUCGUCAAGUGGCAAAACGUCCCCGAACCGAGCCUGAAUUCAGUAUCUUUAAAAAGUCACCGGAAAUCCUCCAGAAGGAGCGGAACUCUAUCCCGUCUCCAGAGACCAAACCCGACAGAAAUCUCCAAAACCAGAUGAAGCCCUUCGAGGAGCUCAAACCCCAAAUAGCCGCGGUCCUGACCCAAUACAAGCCAGAUAUAAAGAAGGAAGCGAGCAAACGUCUGCACCUGGAGCAGGAUCCGGAGGAUCUCCCUCCGAUAAAGUCCCGCCCGAGUAAAACAGACUUCAUCAAAGAUGAAAUCAAUGACAUCAAGAAAGAUCAGAAGCCGUCAGAUAUCAAGACCGAUGAGCCCAACAAUGUGGAAGGUCGAUUAAAUACUGGAGAAACAUUUAAACCUCCAGAGCUGACUAUCACCCGCUUGAACAUGUCUGAUGACUCUGAAAACUCAAUGGGGAUGGACAACGACUGUAUGUAUGAGGCGCCACUGAACAACGUCGAUCCCCUGGCAACUGACGAUCUGGUGAAAACCGAGGAAGAUCCAUCAAAAUCCGAGACUGAGCCCCCAAAACUGGGUGUCAUUAAAAUCAGAGAAGUCAAAGAGCUGCAGUACGCCAACUGGAAAAUGGAUUCACCAGAGCCCCAGUCUCCUCAAUGUGGAAGACCCUCACGAAAGCGUCGGAACAGUGCCAACGAUUCCAACUCCGAAGAGAGAACUCGUUCCCAGGAGACCGACGACGCAGGGGGAAAAAGGAUGAAGCUUCGUGGCAAACGAACACCAGAUGUCCAGUUGAGGAAGUCAGUGGAGGCUAACAGAGUGGAGGUCAGUUCUGACGAGGAAGCCCCACCUCUGUCGGAGGUCAUGAAGUCCGCAAAUACAGUGACACCAGAGCCCCUGGUGGAGGUCAAGCCUAAAGGAAAGAGAGGAAGAAAGCGAAAGGGCUUCAGGGGUAAGGGUCGACCGCCCCUUAUCAAGAAAGAUCCAUCGGCGAUUGCUGAAAUCCCUAAUCAAUCAGAAGCGAAGAAGGAAGAGACAAUCCCAGCCCAGAAAAAACGAAAGAAACGUAAAAUGGUCCUGGGACUGGAGAUUGGGAUUGAUAUCGUGGAACCUGACAGCCAGCAGAAUCCUGGGGAGCCUCCCGUCCGUCAGUCUCGGCGAAUCGCUCAGAUAAAAAUCAAGGAGGAAGCCGAUCGGCGAAGGAUUGAGGAGGAAACCCUGGAUAACGUAAAAUCGAUAAAAGGGAAGAAAGACGACGAGAGGAACAAGAAGAAACGUAGAAAGCACAAGGACUCCGAUGAGGAAGUGCGAAUAAGAGAGGUGGACAGAUUUUUGAAGGACAAGGAGAAGCAGAAGGAGAAAGACGACAAGGACAAGUUAAAGAAGAAACGAAGAAAACGCAAGAAGAAGGAAAUGAUGAUGAAAUUCAACGAGGCUAAGCCCUGGCAGAGCUCAUCAGGCUCCUCAUCAGACACUGAAGAGCACGAGGAAGAAGAGGAAGAAGAAGAACCAGAAUCGGAGGGUUCACUUCUAUUCAAGAGCGAUCACGAGUUCUCCCCUGAGAGUGAUCUUGAGAAGGACGCGGAAUCGGAGCCUCUGAGGCGAGCGAGAACAGCCCAAAAAUCGGAGGAGAGAUCUGAAGAGGCUGAUGAGUACGCAUGUCAGAAAUGCGGCAAGGCAGAUCAUCCAGAGUGGAUUCUUCUCUGUGAUACUUGUGACAAGGGCUGGCACUGCAGCUGUCUUCGUCCAGCAUUGAUGCUCAUCCCCGAGGGCGACUGGUUCUGCCCACCCUGCCAACACACUCUUCUUAUAAAUAAACUCCGAGAGAGCUUGAAGACUUAUGACCAGAAUGUGAAAAAACACGAGAACGAAGUUCUGAGGAAAAAGCGUCUAGCAUACGUUGGCAUCAGUCUUGAUAAUGUCUUGCCGAAGAAUGAAGUUGGUAGAAGGCCGAUCAACAGAGAUACUGGGGCCGAGAGUGAGGAGUCUGAAGAGGAAAGUGGUGAGGAAUCGGGAUCAAAUGUUGGAUCUGACUCUAAUGGAUCGUCAUCAUCUUCCUCGUCAGGCAGUGGCUCGACUUCCUCGGAGUCCAGCAGUGAGGAAAGUGAACCAGUUUAUCAGUUGAGAGAGCGAAGAUGUGCAAAUACCUCUUACAAGUUCAAUGAAUAUGACGACAUGAUCAACGCAGCUAUUCAAGAUGAAGUGGAGGCGGUCCAGGGGGCUGGUAAUCAGGGGCGAGGAAAGGAUAUCUCCACAAUCGUCAAUGCCGAGAAGGAAGAGGCACAGGAGGCCUUUGAUAAGCAUAAGGAAGGAGCUGAGGAAGAAGCUGACAAGCAGUCAGAGAAGGACAGCGAUAAGGAUUAUGCUGUGGAUAGAGAUGAGGAGGAGGAGGAUGAAGAGGAAAAGAAGAGGAUGGUGGUGCGCAAGUCCUUGGGGAAGAAGAAACACAGGAAGUUGAAUAGCCUUGACAUCAGUAGCGAAGACGAUCCUGAAUCGGAUGAGGAUUUCAAAGGAAGUAGCAGUGACUACGAGGAGGAUUACGAGGACCAGAUGAUAUCCUCUGAUGAUAGUUACACAGAGACAAGGAGAAAAGGAAAACGUGAUGCACGACCUGUGAGAAGAUCAACAAGGGCGGCGAGGAGGCAGAGAUAUGAUGAAGAUUUCAUCAACGAUGACAGUGAUGAUUCAGAUCGUCCGAAACGUAAGAAGUCGAGGUCCAUUUGGGAUGAGGAGUCAGAGAGUGAGGAGAGUGACAAUUCAUGGAGAUCUAGGAAGAAGAGGAGUAAACCCUCUGCACUACCUCGACUUCGGGCAGCACCGAAGACCAAAGGGAAAAAGAAAAAGAAGAGAAAAAGGAUUGUACAGAUGGACUCUGAUAAUGGAUCUGAUAAUGAUGGAGAAGAAACUAAAAUUGAAGCACUGGAGGCACCCCAGGAGACGGCCAUAGAGCAGGAGGAACUCCCUCCGAAGCUGGACAGGCCUGAGGUGAAAGAGGUAGUAGCCGAAGCUCCUCCAGCUGAGGAGUUCAUCAAGGAGGAAAAACCACCGGUGCUACAGGAGCAGAAACCGGAAGUGGUCGUUGCGAGUCUUCAGGAGGAGGAGGAAGAGGAGGAUGACGACGACGACGAUGACGAUGAUGACGACGACGAUGACGAAGAGGAGGAGGAGAAGAAGAAAAUUUUUGAAGAGAGAGUUGAAUUACCUCCGGAGAGUCUGAAAGAACUCCCUCAGCAUCUGCCCCAACAGCUCCUUCCGGAAACCCCUGAAUUGGAGAAAAAGAAAGACAAGAAAAAACGAGAGAAACCAAUUCGCAGAAAAAUCAUUUAUGGAGGACUGCCGGAGGACCGCCCUCCCGAGGACGAUGAACCGUUGGGGAGGAGAACGCGAGGACGAAAGAUUAAUUAUCAAGUGGAUGCGAUAAUGUCGGAUAGCGAGGAGGAGCUGAAGAAGGCGCUUCGUAAGACGGAAGACAGUGAAGAUGAAUUCGUGAUGAAUGAUGGGGAAGAUCGUAAGGAUGAUCCCGAUAAAAAUUCGGAUUCUGCGGAUGAUGAGUAUUCGCCGCAGAAGACAGGGGGAGGAAAGCACAAGUCGCCGAAGAACCGGAGGUCGAAGAAGAGCCCAGCGGGGAGAAAGACAUCGGACAAUGGGGAGCCGAAGCAGAGGAAAAAACCAGGGCCGAAGCCAGGUAGCAAAAACAAGCCCCGCUUAUCAAAAUCGCCGGGUGGCAGUAUUACCCUGGAAGGUACUCCAUCAAUUGGUGAAGUGGAAGGAAGUCUUGCGAGUCUAGCUCCAGAAGAGCUCGGCGAUCUCAAUGAUGAGCAGCUAGCCCAGAUGAUGAUGGAGGACGAGGAGUACGGGCGUCGUCAGUUAGAGCUCGCCGCGAUAGAGAUCGCGAAGAACAAGAAGAAAGAGGAACGGGAGGCGAAGAAGCUAGAAAAAGCACGGCAAAAAGCUUUGGAGAUUCUCGCUGCUGAGCAGCAGAGGGAUCCAAACGCUCCAGAGGGUGCAGAGGGUGAGGCCCCGAAGAAGAAAAAACGGGGUAGACGAAGUAAAGCGGAAAUCCUCGCUGAACAGAUGAGAAGAGGAACUGAUCCGGCCCUCGCCGUCCUUCCACCGACGGUUCCAGGGAUUCCAGCACUGGUGCCAAGUCCCUCAGGACCACCAGGAGGAGUACUUCCCCCAACUCCUGGGAUCCCUCUCUCCGUUUCUCCCGGAAUGCCAUCUCUACCAGCAGUCUCGAUGCUUCCAGUGGAUCUUGAACGACACCAAGAGCACCUUAUCCCCAGUCAAAUGAUCACUGGACCCGAUGGACAACUAUUGAAUCCCGAUGGAUCCCCAAUGAAACCAAAAAGACGAGGCCGAGGUAAAGGCAAAAAAACUCUUGCUAUGGAAGCAGCUAGAGCGGAAGCAGCUGCCAAAGCUGCUGGACUAGUGGAUCCCGAUUUACGCUCAGACGAUACCUCCAGUGUUCUUCCAACUCCUGGAAGUUCCACCUCUGGAUCAGCACCAUCAACACCUCCACUGAGUAUCACCCAAGUACCAGUGAGCCAAUCACCACAAUCGAUUUAUCCAUUGCCUAGUCAACAAUCUUCCGUGAUAACCAGAAUGCUUCAGUCUCAGCCAAUCUCGUCCACUCCACCUCAGUCAUUUACAGCAGCUGCUGCUGCAAUGGGUCAAAAGUACUUUGGUGUUCCCAAUCCAAAUAUGAUGGGGGCUAGAGGGGGUUACGAUCUCCCCAGAGGCCGUAUACCAUCGCCCUACAAUUCGAGGCCGGGAGGGCCAGGACUUCCGGUGCACUUUCCUGUUCGAUCAGGAGCACCUUCCAUGAGAAUGAGGGUUCCAGGUCCAUCUCAGCUGUAUCACACUCCUCAUCAUCCCAUGGAUCCAUCACCAUCUGGUGGAGGGCCUAUAUCGAUAACCAGCAGAGACCGAAGUUCACCACUCGCACCUGGACCAGCCAUGAUUCCACCAGCUGCUGGCAGCCCUCUUGCCAAGGGAGGACCAACUCCUCCACCACCUCCGUAUGUACGAGGGGGACCACUUGGUAGAUUUGGAGAUGGUCAAAUUCCCACGAGACAUCCAAUUCCACCAUUCACAGCCUCUGGCAAUCACUCGGUUCAACAGCCAUCACCACCACCCAAUAGACCCGGCAAUUUUUCACCUUAUCAUCCACAACCACCGCCCAAUUAUCAUUAUGGGGCUUAUCCACCACCACCAAUGUCCAGUGAUGAUGCUGCGUAUCAGGGUUCACCUUAUCCUAGUGAACAUUUUGCCAAUCAAUCGGAUAAUCCACCAGCACCGACUGUACAACCACCAUCAGCAACACAGGCGGGCAGCUCUCAGGGGAGCCAUAACUCAGGACAUUCAGGGGGAAAUCCACCUGGUGAAGGGCCACCUACCAAUCCUCAAGGUCAUGGCCCUCAUGGAAAAUACGAUGAGGAGGGAAGUGGGGAGUUUGGGGGCCUAGUUUCUUACUUCAGCAGCCAACGAGAGGAUGAUCUUGAUUCGUAGCAUGAGUGAAUUCUUGGCCAACAGAUUUAAUGAGGGGAACUCAUGAUAGCGUUUGGUGGCUUUGGGGUGGUGGAGAGAAGGGAUGAAAGGCUGAGGGGGGUUUUAGAGGCUCAGGGGGACGGGUGAGGGAAUUGGUUUUUAGUGAGAUUAUUUGAGAAAUUUGACACCUUUUACAGGCUCAUAAUUUCUGUUUUAUUGUGCAUAUGAGGUUUUAGGAGAAAAAGUUAAUUAGAGUUAAGGCUUUUUGGAGAUUUUUUUUUUUUUUUUUUUAAAAAGAGGAUAACGAAUAGUUUUGGAUUUUUUAUUGAGUCAGCAGCUGAUGAGACUAUGUGAGAUUUUAUGAGGAUUGUUUAUGAAUUUUGGGAACUGAUGAUUUCCAGGGCAGUUUUUUUUUUCAAAUUAAUUUAUGGUGAAAGUUAGAGGUUCUAGGAAAAUAAUUAUUUUUUAAGAGAACUUUUUCAAUGGAAAACCCGUUUUUUUGGAAUUAAAAAGUUGAGGAUAUGAAAUGAGAAUUGAUGAGGAUUGGGACCUACCGUUUGAUUAUUAACUUUGGAAACGAGAUUUUAUUUGUGACGACAAAAACGUGUUUUGAUAUUUUGUAUGAAAAUUACCAAGUAGCUUUUGAUAUUCUUCACGAAGCAAGUCUCAAUGUUUCCACGUAAAUUAUGAAUUCUCAAAAGAAUUUCGUGUUCAUCAUAAAUUGUUGUUUCCUCCCGAAAAUCCCUAAAAACCUAAAUCGGUUGUUUUUUUAUGGAUCCCUAUCAACGGUUGACUCAAAAACAAAAUUCCAGUUUUCGCUACCGAAAAAAUCUAGCACAAAAUGUCUGAAAUUUUUUCCUACCACUCAUUAUUGCAUAAAACUGUAGACUUCAUGAGCCAUAGAAAAUACUGUUAUUCCCCAAAAUCUAUCACCACUCCACCACCAAAUGAUCUCGAAAUUCCCAUGUGAUUAUUGGUAAGUGCCAUUUUUUUAAUCAUUCGCUAUCAUUGUGAGUUGGGUUGGCCAAGUACCUAUUAACGAUCUUGAUAAAAAAGAAAUUCAAAAUGAUUUAUCAAUUCAAAUCGUGACUUGACUGCGGGCAAAGCAAUAAAAUUGACCGAGGAAAAAAAAAUCUUAAAAAUCACUAUAAAAAAUCCUAAUAACCCCUGAUUUCUCAAAACAGUCAACUAUUUUCCGAAUUCAGAAAGAGAAAAAAAAGAAGAAAAAUCGGUCAUGCUUCUAACGACAAAACCUGUACAUAUGUAAAUACGAGUGAUUCCUUUAGAUUCUAUAUUACAUGUAUUAUAUAAACAGUCAUAAACGAAAAAGGGGGAAUAUGAAAUAAACCACGAUUUAGUGCAAAAGGGCACAAAUGUAAUAUUUAAACUAACGAAAUGAAAUAACGGCAUCUGAUUAUUGAUGAUUAACAAAAAAAUGGUGUGAAGACUACUACUAUAACUAUUUAUAAAGAAAAAAAGAUUAAGAAUUUAUAUUAGGAGUAUAUUGUAUUUUACAGAAUUUUACUUGGACAAUUAUUCUAUAUAAAAUAUGGAUAAAAAAUAUAUAAUUAUGGAGAAACUACUUCUGGCGGGAAACUAAUGAUGACAAUCACCAUUUGAAAGUGGAAAACAUUUCGUUCCCCUUAGAGAGAGAGAAAUAUAAAAAAAAAGAAAUGUAUCGAGACGUUAAUUAUUAUUAAUUUGAGGGGCCUCGUGAGUACGAAAAUAGCACCGCCAUAUUGCAGAUGGUGGUGCUAUCCACCUGCUUGUAUUUGUGAUGAUUUUUAAAAAAUUGAAGAACGUCAUGAUCACAUGGGUUAAAAGAUUUGUUCCAUUUUGUAAAAUUUGGAUGGAGCGAAUUGAGGGUGACAUGAAAUCACAAAUAAUUCUGAGACAUUUUUGGAACCGCGAGCUGAUGGCGCCCUUUUUUUGUCCUGAAAAUUAAUGGUGCAGUUGUUCCCUAAUUUCAUGACUUUUUUCACAUCCAAGGUCUCUCAUUAAUGAUCUCGUAAAGAAAUUAAAAAGGAUGGAGUCCAAAAGUUUUCCUCUUUCGAAAAUACACGAUUGACAAUUCAUUGAUUUUCUCUCAGAUGAAUGCAAAACCGAUAAAUGGUUCUGCCCAGCAAAAUCAUAUAUCUGUUUAGUUAUAACGUAUAUGCAUAUACCUAAUAUAAAUAGAAAUUAUCAAUGAAAAAAAAGAUAUUACAUUAUCUUAGAAUUAGCAGCUUGGAAUAGUUUUCUAUUAAUUUUUGUCCUCCUUUAUUUUUCGUGAAAUUAUUCACUAGAUUGUGAGAUGAAACGAAGGAGAUAGAGAUAUAUAUAUAUAGAUAUAUAUAUAUUCGAUUGUAAUCAUGAUUUAAUGAAUUAAUUUUAUGAUUUUUACACUUAGUAAAAAGCCGAUUAUCUGAUUGUAGACAAAACCAAUGUACAAUCCGUAUUUUUCUUCCUUAAUUUUUUUUUUCUUCUUGUUCUAUUGAAUUUGCGCUCCAGGGACUAUUGUGUCUUGAUUUAUGAUGAAAUCAUCUUCCAGUGAAAUAUUUUACUUUUGUUAUGGGCAAUGGAAACUCUUUAUACCAGUAACGAUGUGGGCAUUGCCUUUUGAUUGUCCUGGAGCGCAGGUUUCUCAACUUAAUGUGGGGAAAAAUAUGGGGCUAUGUGGCAGUGGUGCAGUUGAAGCUUUUUUUUUUCAUUUCAAUAAUGGGUCUAGACCAAACGCUAUUAUAUUACAUGUUGUAGCCUAAUUACAGACGUUUUGUAAUAAAAAAAAACAUUCAGUAUA